AUGUUUGAACUACCAGAAGCCAAGCGAAUCCGUCGCGAUGAAAUACUUUCACCGUCUUCAUCAAUCGGGAGCUCACCAGAGACAGUUCCGGUUGUUGACGAUGAAGAUGCACGUGCCAGACUUGGAAGGAUUUUGGCCUUUGACACAUUCACGCCAGACACGAAUCAUAUUGGAAAAGGAAGAAGGAAUGCCAACGCCAACGAUGACACAGUAACAGCAGCGGCAGUGGCUCAUGAUAAUCGGGAUGAUCAAGACGACAAUGAUGAGCAGGAGUUUGAAUUCCGUCUAUUUAGUACUGCGCCUAAUAAAAAGAGUGCGGAUGCGGCGACUGUGAAUGCAAACACAAGUGCCGAGAAAGACGUGACCAAUAAAAGGAUUGAUGCCAGAGCAGAAGCUGAUGACGGCAUCAAGACCCAGAAGCUUAAGAUUCGACUCCGAUCGCCCACGCCAAACGAUAACAACAAUGCCCUUUCCCUAGAAGAUGGCCGCUUCGUCGUUCCAUUUCGAGGAUGGGACUAUUAUUUCACAACACCGGAACUUAUGAAUAUAUCACCCGCACGCGACGGAACUCGGUCACUAGAGAUGGAAGAGGUAGGAAGCAAGCGAAAACAGUUCGAAAGUAUCGCUGUAACGGGUGGCGAGGUACUCCAUUGGGCUCAGACAGCAAAGACACCAGGCUGCCAUUUGCCGUGGCGUGUGAUGCAUCUAAAGCAAGAGCACAGCAGAGUACGAGGAGCAGUCGGAAUAGUUGAAGAUCAAGAGAAGAUCAAGUCGAAGAAACCGGGAAAGAAACGCCGCAUCAUCUUGCGUACCCGUGCCGCUGCUCUUGCUGCUGCGGCGGCGACGGCAAAUAUGACUGAGGCGGAGAAGCGGAAUAAAAAGAAUCGAGAAAAGAAAGUGAGGAAACGGCAAAGAGAAAGGGAGAGGAAGGCCGCCUUGGCUGCUUCUACAGGAGGUGCUGUUGUUCCUGAUGUAGAGCAUGCUUCUGUCGGUGAUUCUUCGGAUUGA